CUGAUGACUGCCGCUAUUUCCUUCUCGCUUUUAGAAAGCUGGUCGGAGCCCUCCUUCCAUCUAUUUGUCGCGCUUGAGAGCAAUCAAACACCAGAAUAGUGUCAUACCUCUCUGGCGUCCUAGGAUUUAGCAGCGCUAUUCAAAACUCGCAGAUUUCUCCGUACGGCUCCGGACCUGCCCUCGAAUGGUUUCAGUUUUCGACUCUUCACCAGCACUUACGCCUACAGUAUCCGCUUGAAUCCUACGAUAUCUACUCAAUACCCGUUUGGACACUCCGCGGUCUGGUUGAAAUUACAGCUCGGUCUCAAGAUGCCAUUGAUUCGGCUUCUGGAUGUGAGGGACUUGAGAUUAAAAGAGUUUGAUGAAUCUCGCUAUGUCCCAAGCUAUCUGAUACUAUCACAUACAUGGGGAAGCAGGAGCGAAGAGAUCUCCUAUGAAGACUUGGCCACUCUGAGAGGUCACUUUAACAAAAAGAAGGCAUGGGUGGAAAAGGUUUGGGGAUUCUGCGACCUUGCCAAACGUCGCGGUUUCGAUUUUGUGUGGAUCGAUACCUGCUGCAUCAAUAAAGCAGACAAACCGGAGCUCGACCGCGCCAUACGCCGGAUGUAUCGAUGGUAUCACAAGGCAACCGCUUGCUGCGUCUACUUAAAGGACGUGCGAUGGACAGAUCGAUUGUGGGAAAGGCCCGGCACCAAAACGCCGGUGUGGUUCACAAGAGGGUGGACGCUUCAAGAAUUACUGGCACCUGAACAGGUCCUGUUUUUCGAUCAGGAUUGGAGGCCCAUGGGAGAUCGGAAAACUCUAGCGCCAGCCAUAAAAUGGUUCACAGGCAUACGUCAAGAUGCUCUGGAUGACAGUGAUCCGACUCAAUUCGGCAGCUUUCAGAUCUUGAGAUGGGCCCGGUAUAGGGUGACGCAGGAACCUGAGGACAGAGUAUAUUCCCUCUUUGGACUUCUUGGCGUGUCAACCCUAGACACAAAAUACGGGGAAGGCGAAACAGUGGCUUUCAUUCGCCUCCAUGAUGAACUGAGCAGGAGAACGGCCGGUCCUGGAAACCAUGGAAGGCCAGAAAUCCCGGGAAUCCCGGCGACGAGAUUCUGGAGCUUGGGUCCGACCAGCACCGUUACUCAAUCCAGCUUUGCCAUUGAGAGAUUCGUCCAUCAUCACGAGCGUCUUGUGGACCAGGGACACAGAAUCCUCGGCGGAAGAAACAGCAGCCCUUCGAUGGGCUUUCAUCCCGCUACCGAGAUCCCUCAAAGUUCCCGAGUUUCACGCGGAUCAUAUCACGACUACAGCCGUCACCACGAUGACUACGACCCACACCCAGGUUUGGCGCCAGCUAAUGUGCCCGUUGUCACCAAUCGCAUUCAACUGGAAGGCUUUGGGGAUUCAGACCGCCAAACCGCGGGAAGCAGGCAGAUGUACGAUGGAGGACCGGGGAGCAAUUUGGUUCCCUACAGAGUCAGCAAUGGAGGAUACGGGACUGGGGGUCUUCGGCCUCCUGUACAAACAUAUCUACCUGUGGUUCUACCUCCUCCUCGACCCUCUUUUCCACACAGCAGGAUUCGACAGUGGUAUGCCACCGAGCCUGACCCAGAAGCGCGUCUGUGGACCCAGGUGGAAAGCAAUAGAGUUGUCGAGGCGGCCAUCCAAAGGAUGGGCUACGAGUAUGACGUGACCGACGACCGCAGGUUUUACUAUAUUUUUGCUCAUCUAAAAGUGGAGGAUAUGGAUGAUCUCGUCGAUCUGUCCGAAGCUAUCCGCCGCUUGCGACGGACGCGGGUCCUGGAGAUUGAAAUGGAGCGCCAAUACUCUUAUUAGCCCUCCGGUUGGGCGGUGGGCGACAACAGGCCAUUGAGCCUCUACCGCCUCUAAGUCGCCGGAGCCGGGAUCGAGAAGAAGAAGAUAGAUACACAGUGCGAAAGGCUGUUCAUAGAGGAGAUCGGCGUUGGUCGGAGGUGGACAUAUCCCUCGUAACCGGAGGUGUUCUAGAUCAUUGACAGAUGAAUGCAAUGGACAUGAACUGAAAACGUUCUUCUCGCAAGAAGAUGGGAGGCGAGUAGGUCGGGCGAUGAGGAGGUUUGUGAGCUGAAUGAGUCUUGCGACAUGAAAUCACGAUCGAGGCGCUCCUUAGGAGAGCGGUGGGAGCACAGCCUCACUUGGCACCCAACCAAAGUGCCGG